AUGAGGCAAGCUCCGACGAUCGAGUCGUUCUACUGCCUCAUACGUGCCUCACCUUGUUAUUACCGAGCAUUCUUGUUCAUGAAAGAAGACAUUCUCUCCCAUCUGGCCCGCCGAAUCUUCCAUCCCAGUGUGAUGUCAGAUGCCCUCGCAGUGGUAGAAGCAACCAAAACAACAUCGGAAGAAGGCCGCAGCAACAAGGACAUUGUUCAUUCAGAAGAAGAGAUUAGUCCGGCCUUCGACGAUCCUCUCUCAGCUGCCGAAAUAGCACGGCUCCAACGAGCAUUCUGUCGGCUUGAACUUUUCGGUUGCUUGUUCUACAACGACAUCGAAAAUCAUGCCAUUCUCAGCCCUCAGGAACAGUCCGAUAUGUUUCUCGCCAAUUUCCCAUACUGGCAGGUUGAGGAAAUAGCAUGUAUCCGUGAUUACCUCAUCCGCCGACUGUGCGGACCGUUCGAUCAGGUCGAAAACUAUUGGGUGGAAUCAAAGCUCAAAGAAGGUCUCGAUAUGGCUGAUCGGUGGCAAUAUGAAUUUGCCAUAGAUGUGUCUUUCUUCGGAAGGGAUAACAAAGAAAAACAAAUCGAUACCAUGGAAUAUUUUCUCUUAAUUGGUCUGGAAACGCUUCGACGCAUCUUUUCAGCAACAGGAGCAGAACUGUAUGAUCUUGUGUAUUCCUAUUCUGCAGACGGGCCAUUAUACACUCUCAAUUCCGCUCUCAAAGAGCCUCCGAAGCGUACCCACGAGCACUUCCGGCUGGGGUUCGACUGGAGAAACAGUGCGGUGUUGUCACGUUGCGAUCGAGAUGAUCCCGAUUGUCCGAAUGAAGGUUGGCUGUGGGCGAGUCACUAUCGUCCUACAUGGAGAUACGCUGAGGAUCGCAAGAAAGGCCUGGGAGAUUGGGGUUAUGUGUUCUGGGACUGCCCAGGACUGGAAGCGUGGGGAGUGCUUGAUAAAGAGUGGGUGUCAUUUUGCCCACCCCUAUCUUCUAACGAGAUGAAUGCGCUAAGCAUCUUAAUUUUCAGUCCAGAUGAACUGGCAGAGUAUAGAUUCGACGAGGACGCGAGGGCAGAACAGAUCACCGCCGACGAGCGCCUGUGCAGGUUACUGUACUUCCCGCUCGUGCAAUAG